GUUUCUGUCCUUCAGUCUCAAAAUGAUUCUUCAAGAAAGAUUUGUGUAGCCAACACUCACUUGUUUUGGCACCCAAAAGGUGAAAAUAUCCGUCUAAUCCAAGUUGCAAUAGCAUUAUCCCAUAUUAAGCAUGUGAUCAAUGACAUGUAUCCUGCUACACCUCUCAUACUCUGUGGGGACUUUAAUGCCACGCCAUCAACUGGAACAUAUACUUUUGUCAAUAGCGGUAGUAUUACCGAAGAUCAUGAGAGCUGGGAUUCAGAAGUUAAAGAGCAACGGUUUGCUAUGUCUCUAACCCACCAGUUCAGUCUUAAAAGUGCUUGUGGAGAACCAGCCUACACUAAUUACGUUGGAGGCUUUCAUGGAUGUUUGGACUAUGUUUUCAUUGAUGCAAAUGUUUUGGAGGUUGAACAGGUAAUUCCACUGCCAAGCCAUGAAGAAGUAACUACCCACCAGGCCUUACCAAGUGUUUCACACCCAUCAGAUCAUAUA